AUGAGCACCCGGUAUUCUCCCCUAGUAAGAGACAGAUGGACUCAGAGGGACACAUUACUUUUAGUUGAAUCGUUAAACCUGUCUCAAGGAAAUUUCAAGGAAGCUGCCGAACUCUUGAGACGUCCUGUUCACGAGUGCCAUAAAAAAUGGUCGACAGACCUAAGAUCCUCGAGUGAGUAUUACGCAUACGUCUUACGCCGAUCAAAAGCGUUGAUGAAAAAUACACCAGUUCCUAGACCAGUUCCUAGACCAAUUCCAGGAUUCACUAACACGGUAACAAUAAUAAGCUCCAAUCUGAGCAUAAGUGAAGAAUACGUUCGCAUUAAGCAACGGAUGAACAUUAGUAAUAUAUUGAAUCCUGAUGACAUAUAA